GAAAAAAAAAAGGACGAAACGAAAAUACUUCCUCGCGCGCUUUUUUUUGGUGGGUGUUAAGACCACUUGCAGGAACGUGCCUCGAUUAGAGAUGUGGUGUCUUGCAUCGUCUGCUGCGAUUGUUCGUCGUCGUCGUCUAAGGUUCAAGAUUGCUUGAUCCUCCUUGUGGUCAAAUAGUUCAGUGCUAUCCAUGACUUUGUUCUGUUCCUACUAUCAUUGCGGACUUUGGAUGUAAACUAUUUUGAACCAGAUUUAUAAAACUUACAGAGUACAUUAAGUUGUCUCCCUUACACAACUGGCUAAGGAGUACAGGGACUCUUUCACCGAGUGUACAAGUGAUCUAACUAACAGUUCAAUGUAACAAUGAGAAGAACCAUCCAGUUCUGUGUUAUUCUAUUUAUUAUUGGCUUAACCACAGAAUACCAAAAUUCAGACUCAGACACAACUGUCUGUGAUCACGAGCGCCAGUCUGAAGACAGGGGCUCCAGGAAGUGUAGCAAGAGAUGUAACUCUGACCUAGACUGCAACAGUUCCAGGAAGAAGUGUAUGUGUGACGGAAAGUGUGGCAAGAGUUGCGUCAAUCCAAACCUGAGAUGCUACCCGAUACCAACCAAUAUUCCCAAUGGUCGUGUUGACAUCAAACCAUACAACAAGUUUGAGGCUAUUGCCACGUAUACUUGCAACGAAGGCUACGUCAUAGUUGGGCUGCCUGCACGUGUGUGUCAAGGUGACGAGACUUGGAUGGGAGAGGAGCCGAGAUGUGAGCUCAAAACUGAUCCCUCGGACGGCAAUCAGGAAUGUAGGACACCUCCGUCAGUCCAUCAUGCCACGCACAACGGGCCUCCUGGUCAGACUCGGUUCAAACUGGGCGCCAACAUCCAGUAUACCUGCCUACCAGGUUUCACUCAGCUCAAAGACAGUGUCGAGCGGGCGUGGUGUGUGGGCGCCGGGGUGUGGGUAGGACCAAACAUCACAUGUACCACUUCGGGAUGCGCUACCCCAUCUGAGAUAGACAACGGCUACUUUGAUCUGCUGGGCCCCAGUACCGUGGGCAGCAAGAUGAGGUACCAUUGCAACAAGGGCUACUUCCUGGUGGGCAACGCUGAAAGAACUUGCCUCAGGGACGGUACGUGGGAUGGUAGAUCUCCCAGCUGUGAACAAGUGGUGUGUGGACCUCCCCCACACGUGGAGCACGCAGAGCACGACGCCCCAAAGGACCAGUUUCGAUUUCUAACUGGCACCCACCUGAUGUACACGUGUCAGUUUGGUUAUUACAGGGAGGGGAGUGAAAGAGCAAUCUGUAGUGGGGCCGAAGGUCAGUGGAUUGGGCCCACCAUGACAUGUAAAGCCAGAGAUUGUGGGGCACCAGGUGAGAUCAACAACGGUUAUCGUGACACGGGCUACCGCUUCACAUACCCGACCAGGGUGACCUACCACUGUAACGAAGGGUUUGAGAUGACCGGGCGACCAUACAGAGAGUGCCAGGCCAACGGGGAGUGGUCUGGAACUUUGCCAGAGUGUGUCCCCGUCCAUUGUACAGAACUGAUCCCUCCAGUUUACGGCACGAUGAUUGGCUCGUCAACGUCCUUCAACUCUGUCAUUAGGUUCGUGUGCAACAACGGGUACAAGGUGGUGGGAUCACAGGAGAGAACAUGCCAGGCGGAUAGAACAUGGAGUGGGCAGGAAUCUACUUGUGUUGAAAUCAAUUGUGGAAUACCUGGGCCUAUCUUCAAUGGCUAUCUGGAUGGUCACAGAACUACAGUCGGAGCCCUUUAUUUUUACAGAUGUAACACCAGGACGAAGUUUAGUGGAGAACAUUUUUCUACACAGUGUAUGGAGAAUGGACAGUGGUCAAACCCUCCCCCUCUGUGUUUAGGUCAAUGUCAGAUCCCUUACAUCAUGAAUGGCACUAUCACAAACGCUAGAGAAGAGAUCUGGGUGGACCCAGGCACUGUCAUUGAACCCCGCUGUCUGAAUGGCUUGGUGCUCAACGACUCCAGGCCAGUCACCUGUGUCAAUGGAACCUGGAACGUGAUACCUAGAUGUGUUCCAGCUCCUUGUGACCAGCCCCCACCACAAGUUGAGAACGGACACAGAACAUUCUUCGAUUUAUCUCACGGGAGCAAGGCCCGCUACUUUUGUAUGGCUGGCUUUAAACUAGUGGACAAUAACCGCUACAUGAGCUGUGAAUACGGGCAGUGGACUGGCAUCAAGCCAGCCUGUGAAGAGAGUUAUUGCCCCAACCCUGGCACGCUGCUUGACGGCAACAUCUACAAAGUGGGCAGCUUGGGCAAGUUUCUGUUCAAUGACUACAUAGUGACUAUCAAGCACGGAGAACGCCUGAUCUACGAAUGCAAGAGAAACUUCAAGCUUGAGGGGCCCAGAGGAGCGGCCUGUGUGAAUGGCAAGUGGAGCCCCGGUGAAAAACCCCGCUGUCUGCGCUCCCGGCACACACUUUUCAACAAAAUAUGGAAACCUUACGAGGAGAAUCCUAAAGGGAAAAUGUAUUACUGAGUGGCCUGUUGUAGCAAGCUCCUAGUGAAGUGGAUAGUCUCAAAUAAAUAGUACUUUUAUGUAUGUUUCGUAAAGUGCGGUCUUUUUUUGAGAAAGUGAAACUAAAAUUCUUGUUUUGUUCAAUUAUCAUCUCCAAUGGCACAACUGUUGUGGUUUUACUUACACAGGCCUACUAGAGUCGUGUUUUUGUUUCUUUGUCUCGUUAGAAUAAUUCUUGUGCAUUUAAAGAGAACGCAAACUUUAGUUUUUACCAGUAACUUGGGUUUUGAAGUCUUAUCUCACCCAUCUUAAGCAAAGGGGCCUACUUUUUUUUGUCUUUAAUUGAGAAGUUUACCUCUGGCCAUUGUCGAACUACAACACUAUCGUUUACGUUUUUUUUUUAUUCUUUGUAGCCAUUAAAAUGGUUUUGAGUUAAUAACUUUGGUAAUGUCUAAUUCUGCUCGCCUGCCUAUUUUAAUUGUUGUUCAAUCCUUUGGGGAUUGUAGGCCUACUUUGAAAUGUUUAUUGAUAAUUGAAUUUUUAUUAUUUUUUUUUUAAAUUUUAAUUGCGUGUCUAACGUUUUGUAGAAAUUUUUGUUUGUCCCAGUUUCUUGUUUGGAGUUACUGUUCUUGCCUUCCUAUUUGUGUUUUAAGUCAAGUCUGAGCAAGUCAUCCACACAUCACAUUUCACAUUUAUGUAUGUAUUCGCAAAGCAAAAAAAAAAUAAAUAAAAAAUCAAAGGCUUAAAUUUCAUUUUCAUAUUAGAUAUAAAAACAGAGAAGCUGGGUAAUUUUUUCUUUGAACAUUUAGCUCGAAGCAUUGCCUACAAAUAUGUGAAGUUGUUUUGUGCUAAACAUUCUCCUGGACUACAUGACGACGAACUGAAAUACAUUGAAACACAUCACGAAGAUAUACCUUAAUAUUCUAGUACCAACAGUUUUGUCUUUACAUUGAGGAUAUUUCAGGUUCUUUCUAAAGAUAGGAGGAAGUCAGUCUGUAGUGUUAGACAAACACCCUGAUCAUUUAUUUAAACCAAGAUUGUUUUGUUUGACCUAUCAGGUCCAUGAAGUGUGUGUAUGUGUGUUUGACCUAUCAGGUCCAUGAAGUGUGUGUGUAUGUGUGUUUGACUUUGUUAACUAUGAGCGUGUUCGUCUCGUCUUGUAAAUAACUCAUUUAUUUGAUUCAUUGCAUUUAUAACAAGACUGACCUUCACAUUUCUUAUUCUAGCUCAUCAAGCCGGAAAUGAUAUUACUCUAUACAUAUUUUGUGUUCAUUAUUUGAGAAGUUACUUUGAUAUUUGUCCUUGUAAUGUUCAGUUCUCUGUAACAGCCUUGUCUUCAAACUGUAACAUGUAGAGCAGGACAUGAUCAUUGGAUAGACGAUCAGGCCAGACGGUAGAGCUCUAAUUUAAACAAAUGCUUGUAGUAAUGGGGGGAGGGGGUGAGAUGAUGUCUAAAGCGACGAAAGUUUUCAAUGUAUGAAUUGAGAUGUUCAAUGGAGGAGAUGUGUGUAGAUCCUUCUGCUCAGCAACCUUUCAAUAAAUAGGGAACGAGAAGGCUACCAAUUGGAAUGGUUACUUUUAUCCAGAUCUAUCCAUACAUAAUAAUUAUAGCUUUUAUAUAGCGCUACUUUCAUGCUUAUAGCAUGUUCUCAUUUGUGGACAAGUGGGGAGAGGGGGUAUCUGGGAGAAGGCUUUCCGAGCUGCAUUUAAACUGGGAGAAGGCUUUCCGUGCUGCAUUUAAACUGGGAGAAGGCUUUCCGUGCUGCCUUUAGGCGGUUAGUAAACACAACUCUGCUCGAGUCGGUGUCGAAUCUCAAGCCCCCUUUAUUGGUAGCCGAGUUCAAGUACUUAGCCUCUCGACCAUGCUUCCACAUCCCAAGCACGUGGGACAUAAAGAUGCAUAAUGCAUUCUGUGUAAUUGAUCAACCAAUCAACACUAUGGUGUUAUAGUGCUUAAAGAUUAAUGGUACAUGUUUCUUUGAUCUUUAACUUUCGCCUUUAAACAGGCACAACUUGAUGCAGAUUCUUUGACGCUAAAAGCAUUAUUUCGCUUACACUUGCAUAUGUCUAAAUUUAUUCAAAUGAAAUAUAACAUGUAUAAUAUCUUUGAUUGAAAUAAACAGCUAGUGAAACUAACGAAAAUUGAUAAAUCAACAAUUCGGAAUACAAGAAGUUCAUUUUUGUGUAUACUGAUAAUACACUUUUUUUGUUCAUUGUCCUUGACUCCAGCCUGAUAAUUGUCCAAUGUUGUUUAUUUUUUUCCCACCAUAUUCGAUUGUUAUAUCAGGAUGAAAAUUCCGGAUGUGGCCGCUGACUAAAGGGUAGCUAUUUUUUUAAUGUCGAUGUUUCCCCUUAGUUCUCAUUGAGACAUGUGUAGAUGUGCAUUCUGAAGUGAUCAGACAAGAAACAAAGACUUCCUGUCCAAUAGACAUUAGUUUUAGACCUUUAGCUAUUGUGAACCAAUUGAUUUUAGAUUCCUUAUUUUGUUUGUACAUAUUUCAUGACACAAAUGUUGUUAGCAAGAGGUUGUGACAGAACAACAUCUUGAGUAUUCUGUGUAUUUCUAUGAUAUUAAACUUGGUGUUUUAGU